UAGGAUCAGGUUGACGCCCCUCGGUGUCACUGCCUCCAGCGCACGUCGCGCCAUUCCUCGUCUGGCCGCCGCCCAAUUCAGUCUCGCGAGAACCCGCGAGAGAGGCUCGCCUCAGCGUCUCUAUCACCCCGCAUGGCCGCCACUUGAUAUUGCGGGCUCAACGUUGUUAUACCGUGCUUCUAUAAGAAGACCUGCGCAUAGUGUCUACGCAGUUGCCGCUGAUUUUGUCCGCUGCACACGAGAAUCUGCUCGAUGGCCCCAUUCAAGUUUCUCAAGUUCCUCGACAGUGGUGAAUUCUCCGACGUCGAAUUCAUGGUGCUUCCGGAGAAGUUUCCCGUUACGCGCACGUUCAAGGCGCACAAGCAGUUCCUGGCCAUGAUGAACGAGGUCUUCGGCAGGAUGUUCUUCGGAAGCCUUCCGGAGAAGGACCGGGUGAUCGUCACCGACAUCCAUCCGGAUGGAUUCGCCUGCAUGCUCAGGUACUUCUACGCAGGCAAGCCGCGGCUAACAAGCGUCGAUGACGCCAUGUACACGAGAACGGCGGCCGUGAAGUACAUGGCGACUGACUUGGAGCGAAUCUGCUCCGAGUACAUCGUGUCGCACAUCAGCGCUCGAAACGUGUGCCGCCUCAUCGACUACGCAUCGCUGAGCGACGGUGGCACCAUCGACGACGCGGUCCUGUCCCUGCUGCGACACGACGGAGUCGGCGUCGUCUGCUCCGACGGCUUCAUCGACGCCUCGGACGGCACGGUCGAGUACGUGCUCAACAACGUGCGCAACGUUCCCGAGACCUGCGUCGUGCACAGGCUGCACGAGUGGGCCCGGGCCAAGGUCCUCAGGAGCCUGACGGUCGAAGCGAAAGAGGGCGACGUAACCCCGCCCAUCGACGUCAAGACGGUUAUGAAGCCCUUCAUGCCCCAGCUGCGGUUCCUGGCCCUGACGCCGCAGGAGUUCAUCGUCGGCCCUUCCUCAUGGCGCAUCUUCGAUGGCCGCGAGGACUUCGCCAUUCUCUGCAAUAUCGUCUGCUACGGCUCGGUACCGCUGCCCCAGUGGACGUGUGCCAUCAGAUACCGCAGAUAGCAGCUUGGCGUUACCGUUCCUUCGCUUGCUCGGCUACCACGCCACUUUUGGUCUGAAAGACGUGCCCCGAUUGCAUUGCGCAUGCGCGCGUUUCUCAGACUUCAGUUGUCGCCCACUGCGCUCGGAAUUCAUUUUAGAGACCCCAUUUAUCAAUCAUUGUCAUCACACAUUCUUUGUUACCAUCCGUCAACUUCACGCGUGGUUCAGAUUUCCGUUUCAUACGGCAAAUCUGGCCUCGGAUGUUCCAGUCGAGGGCAGCUCUUUUCGAGCUGACAAAAGGCAGUUCAGAAGGGCAACAUGUGAGUACGACUUUCGUGCGCAACGCCUUCGACCGUCUCAAGGAAAAAUCCAAUGUCAAGCAAGGCUCUGUGCCUGUCACAAUCUGUCGCGUGCAUAUGCCAUUCUCGCUCCAUGAACCAUUCAUUGACCAGGCCUUUGUACAUAGACAUUGUCCACCUCUUACGUAUCAUCGUGCAUGCGUUUUAGUGAGUCAUUGACUGGUGAAUAAAGUAUUUUAUACAUCGGU